GAAAAAAAAAUGCCCAGAAAGAGUAUAGACUAUGGAGCGCUACCUGAGUAUGAGAAGAGCCAGAUCAAAAGGACCUUGGAGUUGGGAACUGUUAUGACAGUGUUCAGUCUUAAGAAGAGCUGUCCAGAAAGGAGGACUAUUCAAGUCAUAAUGGAAACCAGGCAGGUAGCAUGGAGCAAGACAGCUGACAAGAUUGAAGGUUUCUUGGAUCUUAUGGAAAUAAAAGAAAUUCGGCCAGGAAAGAAUUCAAAGGACUUUGAGCGUUGCAAAGCAAAGCAAAGAGAAGAGCACUGCUUUACUAUUUUUUAUGGUACCCAGUUUGUCCUCAACACCUUAAGCUUAGCAGCUGACUCUAAAGAUGAUACUGAUAAAUGGUUAGGUGGCUUGAAUAUCUUGUAUCAAGAGGUCAUGAUUGCUCCCACACCUGCAAUCACAGAGAGCUGGCUGAGAAAGCAGAUCUACUCUGUUGAUCAAACUAGAAGAAAUAGUAUCAGUCUUAGAGAGCUGAAAACUGUCCUUCCUCAAGUAAACUUCAAAGUGAGCAGCAUGAAGUUCUUGAAGGAUAAAUUUGCGGAAAUAGGUGCUAGCAAGGAAGAGCUUACUUUUGAACAGUUUCACCUGUUCUACAAGAAAAUCAUGUUUGAACAGCAGAAGUCGAUUCUUGAUGAAUUCAAAAAGGAUUCCUCUGUGUUCAUUCUUGGAAAUACUGACCGUCCGGAUGCUUCAGCUGUUCAUCUCCAUGACUUCCAGAGAUUCCUGCUGUAUGAGCAGCAUGAAUCUUGGGCACAAGAUCUCACUAAAGUCCGAGAGCGAAUGACGAAGUUUAUUGAUGACACUAUGAGAGAAACUGCUGAACCCUUUCUCUUCAUUGAUGAGUUCCUCACUUACCUAUUUGCAAAAGAAAACAGUAUUUGGGAUGAGAAAUAUGAUACAAUAGAUGUGCAAGACAUGAAUAAUCCUUUGUCCCACUACUGGAUUUCUUCCUCUCAUAACACAUACCUGACAGGAGACCAGCUUCGAAGUGAGUCCUCCACAGAAGCUUACAUCAGGUGCCUUAGAAUGGGAUGUCGAUGUAUUGAGUUGGACUGCUGGGAUGGUCCUGAUGGAAAACCCAUCAUUUACCAUGGAUGGACACGGACAACAAAGAUCAAAUUUGAUGAUGUCGUGCAGGCAAUCAAAGAUCAUGCCUUUGUUGCAUCUGAAUACCCAGUCAUCCUGUCAAUUGAGGAGCACUGUAGUGUGGAGCAGCAGCGACACAUGGCCAGAGUGUUCAAGGAGGUAUUUGGUGAUCAUCUUUUAAUGAAACCGAUUGAAGCCAGUGCAGAUCAGCUACCAUCACCAACCCAGCUGAAGGAAAAAAUCAUCAUCAAGCACAAAAAACUGGGGCCAAAGGGAGACAUUGAUGUGAACUUAGAAGACAAGAAAGAAGAAAAAAAGCAACAAGGAGAGCUUUAUAUGUGGGACACAAUAGAACAGAAAUGGACUCGGCACUACUGUGCUAUUGCUGAUGAAAAGCUUUCAUUCAGUGAUGACAUAGAACAGAAUGCUGAUGAAGAUUCAUCAAAGGAGGUGAAACGCACUGAACUGCACUUAAAAGAAAAGUGGUUCCAUGGGAAAAUGAAAGAGGGGAGAACAACUGCUGAGAAACUGCUCCAAGAAUAUUGUGCUGAAAUGGGUGGCAAGGAUGGGACAUUCCUAGUUAGGGAAAGUGAGGCUUUCCCUAAUGAUUGCACCUUGUCAUUCUGGAGGUCAGGUAGAGUCCAGCACUGUCGGAUCCGUUCUUUGGGUGAUGGGGACACUGUGAAGUACUACUUGACAGACAACCUCAUGUUUGAUAGCAUCUAUGAUCUCAUUCAACACUACAAGGAGGCCCACUUGCGAUGUGCUGAAUUUGAGCUGCGUCUGACCGAUGCUGUGCCUAAUCCCAGCCCUCAUGAGACUAAAGAUUGGUACUAUAGCAACUUGAGUCGGGGAGAGGCAGAAGACAUGUUGAUGCGAAUUCCUCGAGAUGGAGCCUUUCUGAUAAGGAAGAGAGAUGAGCCUGAUUCGUUUGCCAUGACUUUCAGAGCUGAGGGGAAGGUGAAGCACUUCCGAAUUCAGCAGGAUGGUCGUCAUUUUGUGCUUGGAACCUCAGCUUAUUUUGAGAGUCUGGUGGAGCUGGUGACGUAUUAUGAGAAGCAUCCACUGUACAGGAAAAUGAAGCUGCGCUACCCGGUGACCGAGGAGCUGCUGGAGCGCUACAGCACCGAAAAAGAUAUUAACUCCCUCUAUGAUGUCAAGAUGUAUGUGGAACCCAGUGAAAUCACUCCUACAGUGCCUCAGAGAACAGUGAAAGCCUUGUAUGACUACAGAGCCAAAAGAAGUGAUGAAUUGAGCUUUUCUCGAGGAGCUUUAAUUCAUAAUGUCACAAAGGAAACUGGAGGCUGGUGGAAGGGAGAUUAUGGAGAAAAAGUCCAACACUAUUUUCCAUCUAAUUAUGUUGAAGACUUGUCACCCAAUAAUUCUACUGAGCUUGAAAGCCAGAUUAUUGAAGACAAUCCAUUAGGCUCACUGUGUCGUGGCAUACUGGUACUCAAUACAUACAAUGUUGUGAAAAUGCCCCAAGGCAAACACAGAAAGCCUUUUGUCUUCAUUUUGGAACCGAAGAACGCAGAAGAUCCAUGUGUUGAGUUUGCAACUGAUAAAGUAGAAGAACUCUUUGAAUGGUACCAAAGUAUCCGUGAAAUCACUUGGAAAACCACUGAAGAGGAGAACAGGAGGAAAUACUGGGAAAAGAAUCAAUUGAUUGCUAUUGAAUUAUCUGAUCUGGUAAUCUACUGCAAGCCAACAAGCAAAACCAAGGACAAUUUAGAAAAUCCUGAUUUCAGAGAAAUCCGGUCCUUUGUGGAAACCAAGGCAGAGAGCAUUGUUAAGCAAAAGCCAGUUGAGUUGCUGAGAUACAACCUGAAGGGACUGACACGUGUCUAUCCUAAGGGACAGAGGGUUGACUCAUCCAACUAUGACCCGUUUCGCCUCUGGCUUUGUGGCUCCCAGAUGGUGGCUCUUAACUUCCAAACUCCAGAUAAAUACAUGCAAUUGAACCAUGCCUUGUUUUCACUUAAUGGACGCACUGGCUACGUUCUGCAGCCAGAAAGCAUGAGAAGUGAAGAGUAUGACCCAAUGCCAAAUGACUCGAAGAGGAAAUUGCAGAUGAUUAUGACAGUGAGGGUUUUAGGUGCUCGUCACCUCCCUAAACCUGGUAGAAGCAUUGCUUGUCCCUUUGUAGAGGUAGAAAUUUGUGGGGCUGAGUAUGAUAACAGCAAAUUCAAGACAUCAGUUGUGAAUGACAAUGGCCUUAAUCCAGUGUGGGCACCGUGUCCAGAGCAAGUGAAAUUUGAAAUUUAUGAUCCAAAUCUGGCGUUUCUGCGCUUCGUUGUUUAUGAGGAGGAUAUGUUCAGUGAUCCCAAUUUCUUAGCACAUGCCACUUUUCCCAUCAAAGGAAUCAAAACAGGUUUUAGAUCAGUUCCUCUCAAGAACGGCUAUAGUGAAGAUAUAGAGCUGGCCUCACUUCUGGUUCACUGUGAUAUGCAGCAAGUUCUGGAGAGCGAAGAAGAGCUGUACUCCUCAUGUCGACAGCUUCGGAAGCGCCAGGAGGAGCUUAAUAGCCAACUGUUCCUCUAUGACACUCAUGUGAACUUAAGGAAUCCUAACAGAGAUGCUAUAUUAAAAGAAUUCACUGUGAAUGAGCACAAACUACAGAUCUAUCAAGAGUCAUGCAACCGCAGGUUAAGGGAGAAGAAAGUCAGUAACAGCAAAUUCUACUCUUGAAGAAAUCAGUCCUUGUGGUGCGCUUCAGGAAGAGACAUUAACUUAUUCUGGUCAUCCUGCUCAGUGAUGGUCUCAUCAGGCUGAACGGCUGGAAGAAGAGGAGGAGGAAAGAUCAAUUUCCUUAACAAUUUCUUGUUAUAAGAAAAAACUGGUUUAAUUCCCAAUAAUUUAUAUUCUGUAAGAAGCAUUCCCUCUGUGCAGGCCAGGCCUUCUUUGUAUUCAGGAUUUCUAAAAUCUGAGGGCAUGUAGUUGGCUAGGCCUCACUUCUUGUUAUCAAUACCUGAAGUACAAGUAAUCAUCUGCUAUAUUUGUGUGUGCAGGCUAUAGAUAAGACAUUCACAACAAUUUGCAUGCAUGGAACCACACCACUUUAACAACCUGGCUCCUUAAGAUUAACUAGUAGUAAGUUUUUAAUUUAUUAAAUGCUGUAAAAGCACUUCUGCAGCAGCAUUGCCUUGUCGUGUACGCCACAGUGCUCAGGGCAGCAGAUUGUACUUUCUGAUACUGCAUAAAACGUUUGGGGCAGCUGAUAGCUUAUACUGUAUUGUCCUCUGUUAAAAAUUUGCUGUUACAGUUUUGAGAACUAGAUAAUAUGUUAAUUGUUGAACCCAAAUAUCCUCUGCAACUGUAGUUGUGUUUUUUUCCUGCUGAACUGUCUGUGAAGGCCUGAGAAAGUAAAGUGGUGUGGGCCUGUAUUAAUAACUCCUGUGAACCUAUGGUCACAGCCUCAAAGCGCUGGAAGGAAAAGUUCUAAGACAUGCAGUAGGAAAUACCAGCUUGAGGAAGAGGAAGGUGUUUCAACUUCUUAAAAGCAUUUCCUUCAGUGUUGUAUUAUUUUGAAAGUCCUUUCAGUUGCUGAGGUCCUUAGAAGUGAAUUUUAUAAUGAACUCAAUUUUUUAACCUCGCAGUCCUACUUGGAUGAUAGCAUCAGAUAAUGUUCUGUAAAUGAAGACCAUUUCCCCAAAAUGUGUCUAAUCCCAGUGUGCACAAAUGCUGAGGUACACCAUUCUCACAGCUUUAAUUGAAUGAAGAUGGAGCUACAGAGGAGCAAACUUGUUAGCACGUGUUUUGCUGCCAGAACAGACUCAGAUGCCCUCCUAUGGUGCGUUUAACACCAGUUGUCAUAAUGUGUGUAUGUGUUGGCUCCUUGUUCUAGCACAAUGUUACUACUGUCCAGUUCCUAGCUGCUUUGUCUCUGUAUGGGUGGAGUGUUGCUGUCUGUAUGCUUGACUUUACCUUUCAGAUGUGUGCAGAGGAGUUACAUUUUUCUAAGUGACUGCCUGAGGCAUAAGAUGCUACAUACAUAGCUCUGUGUUUCUGAUCACAGAAAACUUGGAUGGCUUUGGGACUCGUAGCCAGAUGAAGCUGCCUCAGCCAUUUUCAGUUUCUCUUGCUCCCCGUGCUGUGCCUUGUGUUGUUUGCAGAGGCACUUAAUUGAUGCCAUUGUGUAUUCACAGAGGAUGGUUUCAGGAACCCCUGUGAGGUUUUAGUUAUUCUGUGAAGACAGUCUUGUCUCAAAGAUGAAAGUGCUGCAGUCGUGUGUCCCACAAUGGGGUGGCUUCUGUAAAUUUUUUAUUAUAAAGAAAUUAAUUACUAAUCACCCAGCUGAAAACGAGAGCAAAGUUAAAGGCAAUUCUGCUUUUCUUCCUCCUGCCUGAAAUCUCUUCUGUACCCAGUUGUGAUUGACUUGCUUAAGGAUCAGAUGGAUGCAGAAUCUCCUUCAACCAUGCUAAAAAAAAAUCCAUCGACUGUGGAUUUGGAAAGUGGAGCUGUAACUUUGACUGCUGUAUAAAGCUGGGCUUAUCUGCAGUAUCCAGAAGAAAUGGGAUCAUCCAGUUGCUGUUCCUCGAGGGGAGGGACCUCUGGUGUGCAUGCAUUUAGUAGCACGUUCCAGGAUGUGGUUGCUUUGCCAUAUCAUCUGUCUCCUGUGCUGCAUAGGUGUGCAUGCAUUUAGUAGCACGUUCCAAGAUGUGGUUACUUUGCCAUAUCAUCUGUCUCCUGUGCUGCAUAGUUGUGCAUGCAUUUAAUAGCACAUUCCAGGAUGUGGUUACUUUGCCAUAUCAUCUGUCUCCUGUGCUGCACAGGUGUGCAUGCAUUUAGUAGCACGUUCCAGGAUGUGGUUACUUUGCCAUAUCAUCUGUCUCCUGUGCUGCAUAUUUCAUUCAGCGGCCUACAUGAUUCCCAUUUAACGUUGUGAGAACACUGUGGGGUCAGUGUUGAUAAGACAAGGUGACUCAAAGCCUUGUCUCUGGCAGGGCCUGAG